AUGAUAAAUGAUAACAAAGCGUACGUUUUAAGAGUCAAAGCAGCAUCAAGACUCAAAAGUAUUCCACAAGAGGAGUACAAAGCUAAAUACGUCUUAGACUCAAAUACAACAAAGCAAGCACUUCAUAUUGAGUCAGAAUUCAUAAGAAACUAUAAACCUAUACUAUCUCAAGCAUCUGCUAGCAUGCGUGAAGGUAACUACGAAAAUGCAAUCCAUUUAUUCACAAACUUGCUCAAAAUUAAUCCCAACGAUUAUAACGUACUUAUUGAUAGAGCAAAAUGCUUCCAUAAAAUGAAGAAAUCUAAGCUAGCUUUGAAAGAUUUAGACACAAUAAUGAUCAAGGAGCAAAACCAUCCUCGCGCUCUCCUUGCAAAAGCAGAAAUAUUAUAUGAUACCAAUGAUUUUUCAUCGGCGUUGACAUUCUUUCAGGCCGGAUAUGAUAUCAGAAAGGAUAUGACUGCAUUUGCUGUAGGAAUUGAAAAAACUAAAAAGUCAAUGGAAACAUCGCAUUCUCAGACGUUGAUUCAGCCAGAUCGUCUUCUAGCAAAAGCUACAAAACGCCAAGAAGUACUUGGAGACUUAGAAGUUGAUUAUCAUUUCCUCAAUGAAUUCGAAACCAAUACUCCAACAAAUUCCAAUAUAAGUCAGCAAGUUCAGGAACUCUUAUCUUAUAUCGAACAACAAAAUGAGAAUUUAAUUAAUAAUUCUUAA